AGAUGCAUUUGAGAUAUCAAAAAAGUACUCCAGAGUGUUGUUCAGCAUGGGGCAGGCCAUUCAGAGACGGCAUAAUGUUUAGGGCACAUGUGAGUGUGAGAACCAUGAGGCAGCUCUUUAAAGCAGGCUUCUGUGUGGACUGGGAACUGGCAGGUUUGCAGCGUCACACAGGGGCAGUUCGGUGGAAGAGUAACACCAGACCAGCUCCUGUAUUGACGGCAGCUCCUCUCCGCAGCCUCGUUGACGAGCCGGUCAGCAUUAGAGGACACCUGCUUCCCCCACGCUGUCCCGUCACCCUGUGUGCAAGAAUGCACAGCGAUGAGGGAGACCUAUGGGAGUCAUUCGCUCAUUAUAAUGCAAACGAGAGUGGAGUUUUUUGCUUAACCAGCGAUCCUUCUGUCGGAGGCUCCUAUGUGGGCUGUCAGCCGAUGGGACUCUUCUGGAGCAUGCAGCCUGCUCCUGGAGGAAGAGAAGGUUUGAGACUGAGGAAGAAAAAUGUGGAGGCACCGUUUACGGUGCGGAUCUCCCUGCUGGAGGGCCACGUCUCACCCAGUCGAGGGCAGCUCAAUGAGCUGGCAGCUGUAAGCGCCGAGCGGUGGUAUGUCGCUCCAGAGGUGAAGAGAAUAGACAUUCGUCAAAAUGGAAUCGUAGGGACAUUGUUGGUUCCCCCUGGCCCAGGCCCAUUUCCAGCCCUUCUGGAUCUAUGGGGAAUGGGUGGAGGACUACUAGAAUACCGCUCCUCUCUCCUUGCAUCUAAAGGCUACGUUAGCCUUUCUCUCGCAUACUUUGGACACAAGGAUCUACCUGGUCCACCAGAUCGUUUCACCGUCGGAGAUUCAUAUUUUAAGGCCGCCUUCCAACUGCUCCAAGAUCACCCUCAGGUGGUCUCUGACAGAGUCGGGAUUAUCGGCCUCUCCUUCGGAAGUUACUUGGCGCUUCGCAUCGCUACCAUACCAGGAGUAAAGCCAUCUUGUUUGGUUUGUAUCAAUGGACCUGUGGGGAGCACGUGGUCGGUCACAGAUUCAGACGGCAUGACUGAGCAGUUCGAUAGUUUCCAGAACUAUUGGAACUUUGAUGACGAGGGCCGGGUCAUUUUCAAAGAAGUCUCCUUGCCUGCUAAUCUUCCUCCUGACAGCAUUGUUCAGUUGGAGAAGCUUGAUUGUCCUGUGAUGUACAUAGUAGGGGAAGAUGACCUGAGUGCCUCCAGCAUUGAGAACGCAGAUCUGAUUGAGGAGAGGCUAAGGUCUGCUGGUAAAUCCCACCUGUUCACCCGCCUGUCCUACCCUGGCGCGGGCCACCUGAUCGAGCCGCCCUAUUCCCCGAGCGUGAGGUCCUCCAUGUGGUCUGUCAAACCCAAGAAACUGAUCACAUUGUGGGGCGGCCACCCUGCGCCCCACGCUGCCGCCCAGGAAGAUGCCUGGAACAAAAUUCUGGAUUAUUUUGAAGAAAAUCUGAGGAGCUGAACGUCUGGAGAGAGGCUGAACCUGGAGAGUUUGAGAAGCCGAUUCUGUAAAUUGAAGCUGGGGUUCAAUUUGCAUAAAAAGAAACAACGAACAUAACUUACAAGUUAGUUUUCUGCUCUGCAGCAAAGUGCCUAUUAUCCACAGGAGGGAGCUGCUUGGUUGGAG